CUCUGUGCUACCAUCUUCGUCGCCCAUAAUGCCCGCUUUCCAGAAUCCUCACCUCAACAGCGUGCAGAAAAGAAAGUCAGAUGCACAUGAGCAGGACACAGCAGCUCGCAAGCGGCAGGCGUUGGAAGGAGGAUCUUCCGUCUCGAAUAAUGGCAGAGCGGGGGACGAUCUUGCGGGAGAGAAACGUUGGAUGGUGCUGUGGAGAAACCCGCAAUAUAAGAAGCACAAGACAUGGGAUGGCGAUGCUGUACUGGUUAUACGGGGAAACACGUGCACAUUGUAUGAGAGCGACGGCAGAAUCCUAGUGUCUGGAAAGCCCCAUGGGAUCGAGGGUGUCCACAAGAUCGUCGAAGGCGCCAACUUCACAGUGGGAAAUAAAGAGCUGGAGAUUGAUCGCUAUGUUGAACGUGAAGACUUUCUUGCCGGACGAUGCUUUGGAAACGGAGGCCGUUCCUCUGCCGCUGCCACAGACUCUAGCUCGUCUGCGGCCAAGCCCUUUGCUCCGCUUAGACCGAAGAUCAUUAACACAUUCAAGCCCCCUUCUACUGCAGCAGCACCGAACAGGCAACCUAUUCAAUUGGAACCGGUAGAUUUGGUCUCAAAGGGUGACAAACCAAGUAAUAAAGAGAGGGUGCAGACUCUGUCAUGGGCCGCGAACUGGCGAAAACCGCAGCAGAAGAAGCACAAGACAUGGGAUGGUGAUGCGUGGGUAACUCUCCGAGAAGAAAAGCUAAUUUUGUUUUCGGAUACGGGCGUGAUAAUCGGUACGAAGAAGUGGGAUGGGCUUCCUCUAUAUAGCGGCUACUCGACAUUCAUCGGCGGUCGGGAGGUAGAACUAGACCGCAAAGCUGCGGAAUCCGAGCUUCCAGCCAUUGUAGGAUCCUCCGUUGAGCCGACUUCGGAUGUCGAAUUGGAGAUUCCUCUCGUAUCCGAAGCCCGUUCACCAUUCCUUUUAAAAGCUCACGCAGGAAGUGAGAAAGCAGAACACGCAACAGAUAUGAACCUCAAUGCUAGCCUCCAUAAGUUCGUACCUCCGUCCUCAUUUUACGGCAAUCCUUCACCGAAGCCGAAGCCGAAGCCGAAAGGCCCACUGCACGAUCCUAGUGCCGAAGGGGCGGUUGUCAUGAAAGCCCCUACAAAGGAGCACAUUGCCAAGCAUAACAGACGGAAUCUUCCCGUGGUGGAUGUCGUGAUCGACCCCAUUGUCGCACGGCGGGCAAGGCCGCACCAGAUAGAAGGUGUCAAAUUCAUGUACGAGUGUGUCAUGGGCCUGCGGAAGCAUGAAGGCAAUGGAUGCAUCUUGGCAGACGAAAUGGGUAUGGGUAAAACAUUGCAGACCAUAGCGCUCUGUUGGACACUACUCAAACAGAAUCCGUACACGGGUGCAGGACCAGUCGUGGGCAAGAUUCUGAUAGCCUGUCCAGUCACGUUGAUCAACAACUGGAAGAGUGAAUUUCACAAAUGGCUCGGCAAGGAUCGGGUAGGCAUUUUUGUUGGGGACAAGGGCAAGGGCAACAUCAAACAUUUCAUGAACUCAAGGGCCCAUCAGGUCUUGGUUAUCGGCUACGAGCGUCUCCGGACGGUUAUCAAGGAUUUAGCAUACUGCAAUCCGCCCAUCGGUUUGAUAAUUUGUGAUGAAGGUCACCGGCUCAAGUCAGCCAAUAACAAGACCUCCACCAUGUUCGAAGCGCUCCGGACGCCUCGACGCAUCAUUCUUUCCGGCACACCAAUCCAGAAUGAUUUGGGAGAAUUCCACGCGAUGGCUGAUUUCUGCAACCCGGGUCUUCUCGACGAUUAUAAUACAUUCCGGAGGGUAUACGAAGUUCCAAUUUUGAAGAGCCGAGCGCCCGGUUGUUCAGCCAAAGAAACGGAGCUCGGCGAGGCUCGGUCGGCACAACUCUCGACUAUCGCUCGUAGUUUCGUGCUAAGAAGAGACGCAACCAUCCUGAAGAAGUACCUUCCGCCCAAGUACGAAUAUGUCGUUUUCGUCACCCCUACCAAGCUGCAGCUCUCAAUCUUCAACAAAAUCCUCUCCGCAGACAAGCUUGACAAUCUUGUCCGAAAUUCGACGGCCGAAUCCCUGGCUCUUAUCAACAUACUAACCAAGAUCAGCAAUAGCCCGAUCUUGCUUAAAGCGACACUUGACCAGGCAAAGAGCAGAGCCGACCAGGGCAGCGAUAUCAUCAAGAAGAAUGCGAUCGAGGAAGCUGUCAUGCUAUUGCCCGAACGAGCCAGAGUGGAUGACGUGUCGCUGAGCGGGAAACUCACCGCUUUGGCUAACUUGCUCGGAGCUCUGCGUGAGCAAACGGAAGAGAAAUGCAUCAUCGUGUCACACUAUACCUCCACACUCAAUAUCGUCGAGGCGUUUUGCCAGAAGAAGAGAUAUACGUAUCACCGGUUGGAUGGGCAAACACCAGCCCAGAAGAGACAAGAAUACGUCAACGAGUUUAAUAAGGCCUCGCAAGCGAAACGAUUCCUCUUCUUACUAAGCUCCAAAGCGGGGGGAGUAGGGCUUAACCUCAUAGGGGCAUCGAGGCUCUGUCUCAUCGAUUCCGAUUGGAAUCCAAGCCAUGAUCUGCAAUCCAUGGCGCGUAUCCAUCGCGAUGGGCAGAAGCGCCCUGUGUUCAUCUAUCGCUUCCUGACAGCUGGUGCAAUUGAUGAGAAAAUAUAUCAGCGGCAAGUGACGAAGUUAGGCUUAAGCGCUUCUUUGAUGGGCAAUGGAACUUCUGAUUCAAAGUCGGAUUCGUUUACACGCAAAGAUCUGCGUGAUAUCUUCACCAUCUAUCCUCAUACGCCCUGCCAUACCCAUGAUCUACUGGAGUGUCCCUGUGAAUUGUCCGAGGGAAUGUCCAGGCCUUUGGAUGCUGAUCUAGCUGAACAGCUGGCUGAAGAUGAAGAUGAAGAAGAUGAUGAGAAGCCAAUGAGCUUCAUCAGUGCAUCUCAAGUAAAACCGGAACAGAUAGAGAGACUUGAUCGGGCGUACAUGAAGCAGAAGAAGGCGCAACUAGCUGCGCUCGGUGAAUGGACGCAUAUCAAUUGCCUCAAGCCAAAUGCUCAAGAGAUUAUUCGUGACGGGAUUCUCAGCGACUUGCUAUACUCUCGGCCCAAGGAGAAGAGAGAAUCGUCGGCAAUUCCGCAGUCCCGGGUAGAGGCGUUGCUCGAGGCAGUUGAUCUUGAGAACAUCAUGACUGUCCCUGACCUGACUGUCGACGAGGUCCCAGGAGGUACAAUCUCUUUCCUCUUCGAACGCGGGUCAAACACUCCGCUAGACGAUGAUGACGACAGCUCACAAAGAGUAGAGUAAUUUUCACCUUACACUUGAAACACUAGAUCUCGUUUUGAUACAAUCACAAUCAGAUAGACCUGUACAAUGUAGACCACAUAUUCAUGACCCCAUACGGCACGCGUUCGUCAGAACCUGUCACGGUCCUCACUUAUAGUCAUGUGAAGCUCGCGCUUGACGCGGAGGACCAAGCUCGCAUUUACCACUCGCUCGUUCGGACUUCUUGCACCAAAACCACGCCCGUUAAUGCGCCAUAGGCGUACAAGGAUUAUGGAGGGUGACUCGAGAGAAUAUUUA